GAGCUGGGCAGCCGGGAAGCGCUUUGCUGCUGCCGCCGCCGCCGCCGCCGCCGCGCGUCAAGGCGAGGCUGGGACGAAGGGAGAGGCUGCCCGGCCGUCGCUGGGCGCAAUGGUGCCUCCUGGCUUAGCUUGCCGCCGGGCAGACCCCCAGGACAGCCCAUUUCCAGGGAGCGCCUCCCCCGGGGACGCAGGGCAGGCGCGGAGAGAGGCUGCUGGCCGGGCCACCUUUCGGAAGACCCGGGGCGCGAGUUCUGUUGUUCACAGGUAUAUAUAAAUGCACAGGACCCUUCUUUAGCCCCCAGCUGAACAAACAACAUGCCAGAACAGAGUAAUGAUUAUAGAGUGGUGGUGUUUGGAGCGGCUGGUGUUGGUAAGAGUUCUCUGGUUCUUCGUUUUGUAAGGGGAACUUUCAGGGAAACGUACAUCCCAACAGUGGAAGACACUUACCGCCAGGUGAUCAGCUGUGACAAGAAUAUCUGUACCCUCCAGAUCACAGACACCACCGGAAGUCACCAGUUUCCUGCCAUGCAGAGACUGUCCAUUUCCAAAGGCCAUGCCUUCAUGCUGGUGUACUCUGUCACCAGCCGACAGUCAAUAGAAGAGCUUCAGCCAAUCUAUGAGCAGAUCUGCCAGAUCAAAGGGGACAUCCAAAAGGUCCCAAUCAUGCUGGUAGGAAACAAGAGCGAUGAUGCCCAGAGAGAGGUGGAUGCCAGUGAAGGAGAGGUCCUUGCCAGCAAGUGGAAAUGUUCCUUCAUGGAGACAUCAGCUAAAAUGAACUAUAAUGUGCAAGAGCUUUUUCAAGAACUCUUGAAUCUGGAGAAGCGGAGAAGUGUAAGCCUUCAGGUGGAUGGUAAGAAAUCUAAGCAGCGGCAGAAGAAGGAUAAACUGAAAGACAAGUGCUCCAUCAUGUGAGUUAAUGGGUUAUGUGCCUCCUCAAGUGGUUAAAACAGGAAUAGAAACAUUCCGGCAGUGGUUUUUUAAAUGUUUAUUUUAUUUUAACAUUCUGGGAAGUAUCUGGAGAUAGGGAUUUUCCAGUCCCAGGGAGGGUCACAUUUUGCUGAGUUGAAUAUUUAUUGAAGGGAAGUUGGGAUUUGCAUGUUUUAUUCAGUACAGGCUGAUGUGUGUGUUUUUUGUUUUUUUAAAAAAAACAACCAACAUCACAAUUCACGCCCUCUACCACAUCAACCAGUAUUAGUCAUUAUAUAAAAGAACAAGCUCCUGCAGUUGACUGUAUAACGCAGCCACAGAACUCUGCUUUUUAAAACUGCGUUUUACCCUGCUUUUCAAACUAUCUCCAACUUAUUACAUAUCCCCUUUUAUGCACAUGCUUAUGGAAAUAAAUGGUUUGCAACAGGGUUCUAAUGAAGUCAGGAAUGAAGUUAUUACAUUGUCCAAUACCUUGGUAUAUCUUUGAAACAAAACAAACUAAAACAACAACAACAACAAAAUGCUUUUUCCAUCUGAUGACCAAGGCAAAAUGAAACACUGACUGUGGUAAAUGGUUUUUAUUCCCUACUGCAUUUUAAAAGAUGGAGAAGAUGUAUUCCUUACCAAAGAAAUCCUGAUUGUUCCAUAUUAAAUGUUAGUAUUUCAUGUGUACUGUUGUAUAUUGGCAAGGAUUUUAUGUGAAAGAUUAAAGUGAUUUGAGCAUC